UGCACACCCACCUGAAUUUACAUCCACCUACACCGUGGCAAAGCACAGCACCAAAAUGACGGACCCCAACAAAGGCGCCAAAAUCACCCUCUACUGGCUCGCGCAAUCCCGCUCCCACCGCAUCCUCUGGCUCCUCGAAGCGCUACACCUCACCUACGAGCUAAAGAUCUACCACCGCGGCGCCGACAAGCUCGCGCCGCGCGAGCUGAAGGAGAUCCACCCGCUGGGCAAGUCGCCGGUGAUCACCGUCCAGCCGGCUGCAGCCUCGGGGGAGGGCCAGGAAGCCGCCCCCAAACCCAUCGUGCUGGCCGAAUCCGGCCUGAUCAUCGAAUACCUCCUCGACCACUACGGCGCCAACGCCGAUCACCCCCUCAUCCCGGAGCGGUAUGCCGCGGGCCCCGAAGCCGGGACGGUGGGCGGCGAGACCGACUCGUGGCUGCGGUAUCGGUACUACCUGCACUACGCGGAGGGCUCGCUGAUGCCGUUUCUGGUGAUGCAGUUGGUGAUGGAUACCGUCAAAAACCCGCCCAUCCCGUUCUUCCUCAAACCCCUGCCGCGGGCGGUGGCCGGGCAGGUCGAGAAGGCGUUCCUGAACCGCAACAUCGCCGCGCAUCUGGAGUUCCUCGAGGAGCAGCUGCGCUCGAGCCCCGGCGGCGGGCCGUACCUGUGCGGGCCGGUGCUGACGGCGGCGGAUAUCAUGAUGAGCUUUCCGGUGAUCGCGAUGGCCGGCCGGCUGUCGAUGGAGGGGUACCCGGAGUUGCGCCGGUAUGCGGAGUUGCUGCAAAAGGAGGAGGGGUAUGUGGCGGCGUGUCGGAAGAUCGAGGAGGCGGAUGGGAAGUUUGAGGCGUCUCUUUAG